GCUGCAAGUCGCGAAGGCUGGUUUAGUAACUGCUGCCACCGCCCGCUCCGUUUAACCAUCGCCAUGAGGGAGAGAAGGACUCCUCAGCCAGUAGUGGCCCGGUGCAAGUUGGUUCUGGUGGGGGAUGUACAUUGCGGCAAGACGGCCAUGCUUCAGGUGCUGGCCAAAGACUGCUACCCGGAGACCUAUGUGCCCACUGUUUUUGAGAACUACACAGCAUGCCUGGAAACAGAGGAGCAACGGGUGGAGCUUAGUCUAUGGGACACAUCUGGAUCCCCAUAUUAUGACAAUGUGCGCCCCCUAUGCUACAGUGACUCAGAUGCUGUCCUGCUCUGUUUUGAUGUCAGUCGCCCUGAGACCAUGGAUAGUGCAAUGAAGAAGUGGAAGACUGAAAUCUUGGACUAUUGUCACAAUACCCGUGUGCUGCUGAUAGGAUGCAAGACAGACCUGCGUACUGAUCUCAGCACCCUGAUGGAGUUGUCUCACCAAAAGCAAGCCCCAAUCUCUUACGAACAGGGUUGUUCUGUAGCCAAGCAGUUGGGAGCAGAAAAUUACCUGGAAUGCUCUGCCUUCACAUCAGAGAAGAGCGUCCACAGCAUCUUCCGGACAGUGGCGUCCCUCUGUCUCACCAAGCCUGUCCUCCCGGGGGCCCCCAAGAGCCCCGCCCGGAGUUUUCCCAAGAGACUUCUCCGUCUCCCCAGCCGAUCGGAGCUCAUUUCUUCCACUUUCAAGAAGGAGAAAGCAAAAAGUUGUUCUGUCAUGUGAAGGGCUGGCCGCAGAGGGUGGUGACGGAACUGCUGUAGACUCUGGGCCUCCAGGUGGCCCCUCCAGGGUGGGAUUCAGGGAAUGGCUUGGCUCCUCCAAGCCAGAGCUGGAAAGUUCAGAAGGAUCAAUUUCCCUCUCUUCCUCCUAUCCAGGGAGGAGGGGGAAACGGCAAAAUACGGCUGGACGGCUCGAACGAAGAUUGGUGCAAAGCUUGGGGCUUGGCACAGCAACAUCAUGGACGGUAGCAGCUCUGGUGACUAUUGCGCAUAUUUGAAGGAACUGGAAAAAAAAUCACCACCACCACUAUCCUGCCUUGCCACUGCACAGUUAAUAUCUUCCUUUGGCCUCCU